GAACCUCGUCGUCGUUGCUGUUGCUGAAGAAGGCAGCAUUUCCCACAUCAUCUUGUCACCCAAGCAUGGCCUCGGCUGCGGCGCCGGCGCCGAUGCUGCCGCCGAUCCGGCGCUACGUGCGCGCCAACAGCGACCUCGCCCAGCGCAUGUACUUUCUUCGGCGCAAACAAGUCCAAUUCUCGACCGUGACCACCUUUGAGUUCAAAGUCGACUACGGCGGCUCCGCCGUGCCGACCGCGACAGGCCCGCCGAUCGGCCUCGCACGACGCCACUGGCGCGCGCGGACGACGGCUGUCGCCAACGUCACGGGCGUCGUGCGCAAGUUUGACCACUUUGAACGCAUCCAGCUGCUCAAGCAGGCCAAGUACGACGUCAAGGACAUUGCCGCCUUUUGCCUCGACGCGGUCGCGGCGCGCGCCGCCCGCAUGGAGACCCGCGCCGAGCUGCUGGAAGAACAGUCGCGGAAGCGGCAGCACGACCGAAUGAUGCUCGAUGAUGACGACGAAGAGGAAAUGAAGCCGCCGCAACGACUGCGGCCCAACGAGCCCCUUAUCUAA